AUGUAUACAAAUGAGUGGAUGUGGCGGAUAAACAUAGGUCCGGAUACUACCGGUAAUACUAAAUCAAUUACAAUAGAAAUACCCGUUAAAGACAAUACCUAUACAAACAUUACCGAUUGGACGGCCGAUAAAAAAUUUAUCAACAAAUUUACUAAACGACGCUACGAUUGGUUAACUAAACAAUAUUUACUAUACAAUUGUAUAGUCUAUGCUAUGAUUGGUCAAACCUCAACAACUAUCAAUUGCUCGAUGACUGGCCCUAAUGUAGCCAAUGUUAACAGCAAAUCAGUAACACUAGAUAACUGGCCGCCCAAUGAUACUACCUGGCCAAAUGAACCGGUAUUUGUUUGGACCAGCGAUAAUAGUUCAAAGUGUGGUAUUUGGAAACUAUUCAAAAACACCUAUAUUUGUAUGGAUUUUAAUCCGAAAAAAAUUGGCGAACUAUUUAGUGUUGAAACCCGAAAAAAUGAUCACAAUUACUGUGCACCGGAAGCUUACCGAUCGCUUAGACAUCAUAAUAAUAUAUUGGGUUCAAAAUUAAAGGCAAUUUCAUACAAUCAUUUUGAUUUAAACGGCGAUUUGAUAGUAUUAUGGUUUAAUAUCUAUGGUAAACCCAUGUACUGUAUAACACCAAUAGCUCCCUAUUUGUCGGAUCAGUGUAAAUCAGAGUCAAAAUUGAUACCAUUUAUGAGCCAUUGUUUUCAGGAUAAGUUACCGACAUUUAGGACAACUACUGUUAGUGAUAUAGAAAGUAAUGGAUCAACAGUUAUGACUAAUACUACUAUCGAUACCAAAACUACAACAACAACAGCCGUAUCGGUCAGUCCUACUGAACCAUUGGUAGUCCAGUCAAACACUGGUCUAAUAUUAUUGAUUGUCAUAAUUAGCCUAAUCAUUGUCAUUGUUGUCGCUGUUGUUGUCGUACUAAUCGUUUUGUCUAUAUAUUUGAAAAAUAAACGUAUCCGUAAACAACGCCUAAACAAAAACCAACUGUCCCGACACCGAAACCAACUGUCCCGACACCGAAACCAACUGUCCCGACACCAAAAAACAAAAUCAAACUUCAAGUCUAUUAACAAUUCAAACUAA